GCCGAUUUUUCACCGUUCGAUCGCGGAUGCGCCCGCGUCAACGAGUCGGCCGUGGUCCGGUGCUUGGGGUUCGCGGAAAAGAGGGGCGCGCUCGGGACGUUUUGCGGGACGCGUCACCGAACGCGCUCUCUCGAGUUUACCCGCGCGCGAGCCAAAGGGAAAGCGGGCCGCGAAGCGGCGCGGCGCGGCACGGGGCGGCCAUUUUAUGUUAGUAUGACGUAGAGGCUGGGUGUAGCUUAGCGUUCUUAUUGUCGGUCGUGCGCGAGGAAAAAAACUAACGGAUCGGUAAGUUCCUGGUAAGUGCCCGGAUGUUCGAUGAUCGCGAACGGUCGGGCGCGAGUGAUGUGAGCCCAGUCGGCGCAGCGAUCACGCGAUUCCCGCGGAUAGCCGUGUAACGUGUGACGCGUGGAGGGUAACAUUGCUGGACGAUAGCCUUAGCGCGCGCGAGAGGGGAGAGCUCGAGCCGCGAGCGACCGAGCCAACUAACGAACGAACGAGCGGUACGGACGGAGCGGCUCCUAGUCCGGUUAGCGGGCGAAAAGUGAAAGUGCGUUCGCCGCGGCGGUGCGUCCGUAGCAGUGCGUGCGAACAUGAGCGAGGAAAGCAAUCCACGUACGCUGUACGUGGGCAACCUGGACGUCUCGGUGUCCGAGGACCUUCUGUGCGCGCUCUUUUCGCAGAUCGGCGCCGUCAAGGGAUGCAAGAUCAUCCGGGAACCCGGCAACGAUCCUUACGCUUUCGUCGAGUUCACGAAUCACCAAUGCGCGGCCACGGCAUUGGCCGCCAUGAACAAGCGCUCGUUCCUCGACAAGGAGAUGAAGGUUAACUGGGCGACCAGCCCGGGCAAUCAGCCCAAGCUCGACACCAGUAACCACCAUCACAUAUUCGUCGGCGAUCUCUCGCCGGAGAUCGAGACGCAGACGCUCAAGGAGGCCUUUGCGCCCUUCGGCGAGAUCAGCAACUGCAGGAUCGUCCGCGACCCGCAGACGCUCAAGAGCAAGGGCUACGCGUUCGUGUCGUUCGUCAAGAAAUCCGAGGCCGAGGCGGCGAUCAACGCGAUGAAUGGCCAAUGGCUCGGCUCGCGUAGCAUCCGGACCAACUGGUCCACUAGGAAACCGCCACCACCGAGGUCCGAGAGGCCGCGGCAUUCCAACAAUAGUAAACCCAACUACGAAGAGGUUUAUAACCAAAGUAGUCCGACCAACUGUACUGUGUACUGCGGAGGUUUUACGAACGGUAUCACGGACGAGCUGAUAAAGAAAACGUUCUCCCCGUUCGGCACCAUCCAAGAUAUAAGAGUGUUCAAAGACAAGGGCUACGCUUUCAUAAAGUUUACAACCAAGGAGGCUGCGACGCACGCUAUCGAGUCGACGCAUAAUACAGAAAUCAAUGGCAGCAUUGUCAAAUGCUUUUGGGGAAAGGAGAAUGGCGAUCCGAAUAGUGUCGGCCCCAAUGCCAAUCAUCAGGCUCAACAGGUGACGGCGGGAGCGGGACAAUACCCGUACGGUUACGGACAACAGAUGGGCUAUUGGUAUCCACAGGGCUAUCCGCAGAUGCAGGGACAAUUCUUGCAGCCUGCUCAAUAUUAUAAUCAAUAUUACGGGCAACAGGCUCAAUAUAUGAACAGCAUGAGGAUGCCCGGGCAUGGCGCGGGGGCCUGGCAACCGACGCAAGCCACCGCCGCGCCCCCGACACCGAGCGCGCCCUUGCCGCCGGGCCAGCAGCCCACUAUGGUAACAUACACCAUGCCACAUCAGUACCCUACGCAAUGAAACUGAUCGUUGACCGGCUAAUUGUUACGUACGAUAUAGUUGUCCCGGGGUUAUCGCCAGGAUCGUUCCGACAUAUACCUACUUCAACAUUUAGACUUGAGUUCUCGGUGCUAGGGGCACGCGGGCUGAUCCGUUUCCACAAUCGAGAUGCGAUGUCACUCGAAUCGAAUCUUUGCAAUGGGAAAAAAGACGCGAUUGGUAUGCCGAGCUCUUUUAUUUCUUUCUUUCUGUGUGUUUGUGCGCGCGAUCAAUUCGUUCAACGGCUGAAGGACGUUUAUUGUUUUCUUUUCUUCCGUUUCUGUAACGGAUGGGCAUAGCGUUACACCAGGACAAAUCUCGCGUGGCGACGACGCGGCAGCGCGUCGCUCGGCGCUAAAAAAUCCGGUCGGAUUUCCGACUCCCGCUUCCGAAUAUAAUGUUGAACCAGGUAUAUCUCCAAACUUUCUCGCGGUCUUCCCCUCCCCCCACGAAACUCAAAACCGAGCCCCGCACCCGUUGUGCUGCGCAAGUGACGUAUGUAUGCGGCAAUCUUCUUUGCGUUGUUGAUACCUUUUUAAUAUUUUUGCCACUGACAUCUCGACUCUCACUCCUCCCUCUACAAUCUCGGAUUGUCGAUGAACAACGCGCGCGACAAAUGUUCAUUUGAGAUAUAAAUAACGGAGAAUAACUGCUAAAUAUCGGACAUAGUUAGUAAGGUAGAAGAGCAAUUAGCUAGACACGGCGCCUGUGAUGUAGCUAGACUUUUGGACGCGUGUAUGCUAAGGUGUGCGGGGCUCCUUAACAAAUAAAUUCUGCGAGAGUUGAGUAACGAGUUACAACUUUGUCUCGUUGUGUGAUAUUUAUCGUCGGUGGUUAAUGUAUAAAAUUUUGCUAUGAUUCUCCUCGGAGGAGGAAUAACAGAGAAGGGAGAAAGGAAAAGAGAGCGAGCGAGUGUGUCUGCGUGCCUGCCUGUGUAACGUUUGCGUGCGUGCGUGCGUGCGUGCGUGCUUUUUUGCAUGGGUGUGUGGGUUUUUUGCUAAAGAGACAUCAAGACGACGUGAAUCGAGAUUCCCUUGUACGAGUGCAAGCUCAACUACAUUAAUUGCUGCGACGUUGUACAUUAAGUGGCGCAUCGGCUCGCACUCUCCUCGCGCAACCGUCAUGUUUUGUCUGUGUAUCGCGAGCAUUAUGCUCCAUCUGCAAAUGAAUAAAGGUCGCGAAGUGCACGUUGCGCUGACUGGAUUUUUUUUCUCUUUUUUUUCUCAGAGAAAAUGUUCACCGUGGUUUUGAGAAAGAGAGAAGGAAGAGAUCGAUCACCGCUAAGAGUUCGUCCGCGACGAGAGCAUAGCUGGAGGUCCGAAGAGAUAUCGGUAUUUAACGUACGCCGUCGUGUACGCCGUAACGUCAAUGACUCCUCGCCGUUUGUAUAGACGACCUAGCUAAAUCGAGGAAUAAUAAAUAAUGUAACUUAAGUCUUACAAUAAUAAUAACGCGCGCGUACUUCCACCGGGAUAUUUCUCAGCGAGGGGGACGAGUCAUUGAUGAUCCUGGUCUCGGGACUGAGAGGCGCGUGCGUGAAAAUUGAAAGCGUACACACGCAUAUUUGGUUACUUCGUUACGCGGACGUCGGUAAGCGGUAAAGAUCCUGUUCUCCGACGCAGCGUGGAACGAUCCGAUUGACAAUCAAUCGUGGGAUAUAAUAUUACGUACAUUUGCGAAUUGUUAUUGUCGUAGCCGCGACGCGAUAAUAAAUACGUCACACGAUAAUAAUAGCGUGACACGAUUCGAUUCCUUCGUGUCUUCCAAGUUAACGUGUAACGGAAGUUCGCGUAGCACAAUUAAUUAAUAAUAGUUGCUUUCGUUCUCUUCGGUAUCCCCCGCUAAUCGCUUAGGGCUCGGGUGAUUGGCCCCCUAAGGCUCGCCGAUCAGGAGAGAUUUGGGCGCGCGACCCGAAUCGGGAGUUUCGCCAUCAAGAUGCCGACCUUAAUUGUCCGAGUGUCAAUUAGCGAGUACAUCUUAUGGACGUCGUUGCUCCCUUUUCCAACUUGUCGAGAAUCGACGAUUGGAAUCGGUCUCGGAGUACGAGACUCAAAAUGCCCGAGGCAUUCUUUGUAGCUCUUGCCGUAUAAUCUCAAAUUCAUUGGUUGAAUGACGGUAUCUCGGUGCCUUAGUACCUGGACACACGAGUCCUAAUUAAUUACACGGUUGUUUUUCUACGAAACGACUUUCCGUUUUACUAGAUUUUCGCGUGAUUGCGUCGCAUCCGUUGCACUCUGCUGAAUGGAGUUCAGAGAGAUUCUGAUGAAGUACUAAAUAUCCCCGUUUGAGGAACGAUGGCACGCUGUUUCACUUCCUAUCGUGGAAGUUCGUAAAAAAAAAAAGAAGAGAGAAGACUCGAAAUUGAUUAUUUCCAAUGAUGUUUGACACGUGAGAAUGCUUGUCACCUCCUCAGUUCACCACCGACGGUAAAAUGCCAUAAAAGAAAUUUCAAAACCAAUUUGUAUAAAGUCAGUAUGUAAACGAGAUGCGAGGGAAAAUGAGUACAGCCGGGCGUGGUAACGAUUCGAUUUGGUUGCGAGUAAAACGAUAAUCGAACCGGAGGCCAAUUUAAGGGAAAACGGAGUUGCCUGCGAUGUAAUCGGAGAAAUAGAAAAAUCGAUGAAGGAGAAAACAAAAAAUGUUAUAUAAAGAGUAAUUUAGGUACGGCGGGGUGUCGAACCCUCGAAAAUGCUUAGGAUAAUGUUAUAAUAAAAACAAAUUGUCCUUUUGAAUGAAAAAGAAAGGAAUAAAUAUUUAAAAUACA